GGAAUCACAUCCAAACGACUCAAUAUUGCUAUAAUAAAUCACCUCGAAAACGCCAGCAUUGCGCAGUGCCUACCAGAUGGAAAUCUAUCUAGCUCGGAUCUCUCAGCAUGAUGACGGUACAUUUUACGUGGAGCGGAAGCAGGCGCCGAUUGACGCAGAGCACUACGUCGCCAUCUCUCACGCAUGGGGCCACCCGGAGACAAUCGAAGAAGUCCACAUCAAGGGAGUAGGAUUGUUAAGCUCAGCCCAGGCAAACCAUAUCUUCUAUUUAUUCUACACUGGCCCGACGUGUGCGGUACCGGGUGAUUCUGGCUGGAUCUCCUUUGUAUUGACCAGAGCGACGGAUCGCCUAUCAACAUUUCAGAUCAACUUAUGGCUAUCCCGGCCAUUUAUAGACAUAGCAUCAUCAUCGUCGUACUUAUCGAGUCGCUCGUAUGUCGCGAAUGGGUUGGUGAUGUUACUAACGCCGCAUACUAACACGUUAACGAUGCCGCUGUCUUCGAUGAGAAGGAGGCGCAUCACGCAAAGGAGUGUCCUAAUCUCGUGCUGAUGGACUCCUGGUUCGACCGCAUCUGGAUCCGACCCGAGGGGCUAUAUGCGACAAAGCUUACAAUGUCUAUACUUAACGAGGUAGAAUGCUGUCGUUUGCUAUCAUACAAGAAACAUGGGAGCUCCUGGCUUGCGGAACAGCAAGUCAGACAAAAAAGAAAAAGAAGCAGUGAACAACUUCAUUGAUGAUAAGAUGGUGUAUCAUGGAAUUAAUAGUAGCGGGGAUUUCCAAAUACGUAUGUCCGUCUAUAUAGAUUUGAUAUACAAGAACCAUAUAGAAGUCUCCUGGUACGGAGUUUACCGGGAGAAACUCUCGGGUUAGGUCAUUAUCACAUGAGUGUGUAACGUCCAAAUACAUACGGCCAUCUAUAACUUUGCGCAUCUUGUUAAUGUCAACAGCCUCCAGGAACAUAUUGCAUGUUUCGAGCGAACACUCAACAGAAGUUAUUAUGCCAUUUUGGAAUAUGCUUAUUAACCCGGUUGCGAGUAGAAACCAGGUAUCUUGCUGGAUUCCGACUACGAAGAAGUAUACUGGGAGACUCGGAGAAUUUGUGCCACGGCUGUGUACCCUUAGGAGAAGGACUGCCGGAGAACUCCUCUAUUUCUAAGCGGUGCCCAUUACUUUGAUAACCAUGAUGUACCUAGAUCUAUUACCAGAUGUCAAGGCGUAGCUAAAUUUUGAAUUUUGUUGGUUGGGGAGUUUCCCAGCUGCCCAUCGGGGCAGCCUACCAG